CGUUGACAGAUCGGAAGAUUCCGCUCUUCGUCUUCCUCCAACUUCCGUACCGAACAUUUCCUUCUCCCUCCCUCCCUUUGUUAGUUUCCUUCCUUUCCGUCUCCGUCUCCGUCUCCGUCUCCGUCUCCGACCUUCAUCGACGCCGGCCAUUGCAGUGAGAGUCGAAACCCUGUAAUUGGAUGGACCGGAAGCAGCAUAUUGCAAUAUUUACCACUGCAAGUCUUCCAUGGAUGACCGGCACUGCAGUGAACCCUCUUUUCCGUGCUGCAUAUCUCUCGAAAGAUGGGGAGAGAAAGAUUACUCUGGGGAUUCCAUGGCUAAAAUCGAAAGAUCAGGAAUUAGUGUAUCCCAGCAACAUCACAUUUAGGUAUCCCUCUGAGCAAGAGAGGUAUGUUCGUCAGUGGCUUGAGGAGAGGACAGGCUCUAAAUCCACCUUUGACAUCCGGUUUUAUCCUGGAAAGUUUGCCAUAGACAAGAGGAGCAUCCUUCCUGUUGGAGAUAUCUCAGAAAUCAUUCCAGAUGAAGAGGCAGAUAUCGCUGUGCUUGAGGAACCCGAGCAUCUUACAUGGUAUCACCAUGGGAAGAGAUGGAAGACCAAAUUCCGGCUGGUCAUUGGAAUCGUUCACACAAAUUACCUGGAAUAUGUGAGAAGGGAAAAGAACGGGCAGCUCCAAGCAUUUCUUCUUAAAUAUGCGAAUUCUUGGGUUGUCAGCAUCUACUGCCACAGGGUUAUUAGACUGUCUGCCGCCACCCAGGAUUAUCCCAACUCCAUAGUCUGCAAUGUUCACGGAGUUAACCCCAGGUUCCUCGAAAUCGGCAAGAAGAAGCUGGAGGAACAGCAAAAUGGGCAAAAGCCCUUCAAAAACGGUGCUUACUACAUUGGGAAGAUGAUAUGGAGCAAAGGCUACAAAGAGCUGCUAAAGCUCCUUCAUGAUCACCAGAAGGAAUUGUCUGGGCUCGAGGUUAAUCUGUACGGUAGUGGGGAGGAUUCUGAUCAAGUCCGAGAAGCCGCCAAAAAGGUGGGAGAGUUUAUGAGAGUUCAUCCAGGGCAGGACCACGCUGACCCUAUAUUUCAUGACUACAAAGUGUUCCUGAAUCCCAGCACCACCGAUGUGGUCUGCACGACCAGCGCUGAAGCACUGGCGAUGGGCAAGUUCGUCAUUUGUGCUGAUCAUCCCUCGAACGAAUUCUUCAAGCAGUUUCCGAAUUGUCGAACUUACAGCGAUCCCAAGGGGUUCGUCGAUGCGACUCUAAAGGCACUGACUGAAGAGCCUUCUGAGCUGAACGAUUCGCUGAGGCAUGAGCUGUCCUGGGAAGCUGCCACCGAACGAUUCCUGAGGGCCGCCCAGUUGGACCAGCCAUUAAAAAAAUUGGAAAGUGCUCCUUCCAGGGAGAUCUUUGCUUCCACUUCGUUCAAUCUGAUAUCAAACAUGGAGGACGCAUCGACAUAUUUGCACAACCUGGCUUCAGGUUUUGAGAUAUCACGCAGAGUGUUUGGUGCAAUCCCAGGAAGCUUGAAACCUGAUGAAGAGCUGAGCAAGGAGCUUGGGUUGGCAGUGCCUUCUGAAAGACAAGGCUCGGGCUCAAGAACUUGAUCUCGCAAGGGCUAAUCUUUGAUUACAACUUUUGGAAACCAUAAUUCGAUUCCACUAGUGUCGGUCUCGCGAUCAGACCAAAAUUGCAUAUGGACAUUCUAUUGAAAUGAACAUUCUGAUCUGGAAUCGAAACAAACAUUACCUCCAUUAGAUUGAAAGAACAUAAAA